GCAGGAGCGGCCGGGGCCGGGAGCGGGCGCCGGAUCUGAGCCGAGCCGGAGCGGGCGGCGAAGGCCGGCGCGGCGAGCAGCAACCAUGUCGGUGUUUGGGAAACUGUUCGGGGCUGGAGGGGGUAAGGCCGGCAAGGGCGGCCCGACCCCCCAGGAGGCCAUCCAGCGGCUGCGGGACACGGAGGAGAUGCUAAGCAAGAAGCAGGAGUUCCUGGAGAAGAAAAUCGAGCAGGAGCUGACGGCUGCCAAGAAGCACGGCACCAAAAACAAGCGCGCGGCCCUCCAGGCUCUGAAGCGCAAGAAGAGGUAUGAGAAGCAGCUGGCACAGAUCGACGGUACGCUGUCCACCAUCGAGUUCCAGCGGGAGGCCCUGGAGAAUGCCAACACCAACACCGAGGUGCUCAAGAACAUGGGCUACGCUGCCAAGGCCAUGAAGGCGGCCCACGACAACAUGGACAUCGAUAAAGUCGAUGAGUUAAUGCAGGACAUUGCCGACCAGCAGGAGCUCGCAGAGGAGAUUUCCACAGCUAUUUCCAAACCUGUAGGCUUUGGAGAAGAGUUUGACGAGGAUGAACUCAUGGCUGAAUUGGAAGAACUAGAACAGGAGGAGCUAGACAAGAAUUUGCUGGAAAUCAGUGGACCCGAAACAGUCCCUCUACCAAAUGUUCCUUCUAUAGCCCUACCGUCAAAACCCACCAAGAAGAAGGAAGAGGAAGACGACGACAUGAAGGAACUAGAGAACUGGGCCGGAUCCAUGUAACUGGUCCAGCGCGGCUGGGCCCAGACAGACUCUGGUGGCCUGCACAGCGGGCAGGCGUGUGCGUGUGCGGGGCAGGCACAACGUGGUGCAGGCCGGCUCCACCGUUCUCGAAUCUCACUCCAAAGCAGUAGGGCCGCAUCACUGCUCACUCUCGCAUCGCAUGGCCUGCACCCUGUGGGACGGG